GAGGGCGCUGUGGUAGCUGGGCAGCGCGGCGGCCAUGGAGCCGGGAGAGGAGGUGGAGGAUGAGGAUGAGGAGGAGCAGCGGGUUCCUCCUAUUGCAACAACUCCGCCACGCCGCACUUGGAGGGAGGAAUCCUUAAGCCAAAGCAGCAGUGAGACCCAGGCCUCAGCUGCCAGCGGGAUCUCCCUGGGAGAAGCAAUACGUCAGAGAACGGCUGCUCAUCAGGAAAUUGACUCAUGGUAUCAGCUUCCAGCAGAGGUGGAUGCCAGCCGUUUAACUGCUGCCUCAGAGACAAAGCUUGGCCUGGCUUCUGAUAGGAAUGACCUGACUGAGUUCCCUACCCUGGAGGAAGGAAUGUUGCCUUCAGCAGAAACAUCGAGAAGGCAGCAUCCUGAAGAUACAGUUCAUGGCUUGCUGCUGGGUAUGCAGGACAGUCAAUUCUCUCCCUGUCUUCCAUUGCUGAUGUAUUCAACACCAGGCCAAAGGAUUUUGGAUGAGACGCUUUUCCAGCAAUCAGAAAGGGAUUUCAUUCAUUUAAGAGGAGUUCCUGAUGUUUCUGGUGCUUCCGAGCAGCAUUCAGAUCCUUUGCACAUCCCAGAAGCUGCCUGGCUGACAGAUGUUGAAACGCCCUCUGAUGCUCCCAGCGGCUGCUGCUCCUUGUCCCAGCAUCCCCUUUCAUUCCAGCAGGCAGAACCUAGUGAUGCCAGCUAUUUGUCUCAGCAAACCUCUCGUUCUUCUGAACCACUUAUGAACAAGGAGGCGAGUGAAGACUGCAAAAAUGAUAUUAAUGAGAGGGCAUCGAUCUCCCAGAUGGGUGACAAAGCAGUGAACCAAAUGGAAGCUUCACUUGUAAAGCAGACCUGUGGUACUUCUACAGAAGAUGACUGUUUCACUUGUGACAACAAUGUGCUGGCUCCAGUUUUUGAGCUUUCAGAGAAAGAAAAAGAGUUACUGAGGCGUGAUGAGUUCUCAUCUUCUGAAAACUCCUCUUGUAAAACAGCUUUGACAAAGAAUUCAGGAGAAGGUGAAAGAGAGAUGCAAAUGGAAAAGGUAAAAAUGGCUGAGAGUGAGUCAGAAGGGUGCCUGAGACAUCCAGAGAGGCUGGAAAAAGAGAAAGUUCCUGAGCUUGGUUCUUCUCAGACGUUAUCUGAUGAUUUGAAGAAAGACAGUGGUAAAAGUUCAGGUACACAGGAUGUGUUUUCUGCAAAGACUUCAGAAAUUGCUGGAGAGUCCAGGGGGCGCCGAGUGGAUUUGAGUGACUUUGGAAGCAUGAAGUUUGUAGCUGUUCCUAAUGAAGUCCAGGGAGCUUUCCUGGAUCGUGAGGAGAAGCAAGGUUUGAGAGAGGAGGAGUUGAGCCCCAUUGUGCCAAGCACCAGUGAUAGAGCCCCCAAACAACCAGUCGUGACCAGCAUGGAAUCUCCUCCUUCCUGCAGUGAGAAUGCCCACGUGGAAGUGGAGCCUGGAGUUCACAAGGCUGAAUUAACUAUUUCAGAUGUUUCCAUAGAAAGGGGACAUAAAGUUACAGACAUUUCCCCUUCGCUUAAUUGCAUUGUAGAUGAUGGCUCGUUCUUUAGACACUUCUCCCAUCCAAGCUAUCAGUCUACUCCAGGGAUACUGUUAAACAGAAAUGUCAGGGCAGAAGUGGGUGCUCGUGUGAUCAAAUCAGAUGUUGAAGCCUCUCCUUUAUGCCUAAAUGAAGACAAUUCUGGGAAGUCAUCUACCAGUACACCUACAUCUGUUGAGAAGCAACGUUCUCUCCAGUGUGCCCAAAAAGAAAACAACAAGCACUUGGACUCCUUAAAACUGAGAUAUCCUCACACUGGAAGAAUUCAGUCACUCCCAUCCCUUAAUUUCAUGGAGAAGGUGGGCACUUGGAAUCUGAGCCAGCCAGAGAAUAUGCCUGAUGUGCUGGCUUUAAGUGACCAGGGUGUAAUUUCACAUAGGAAGAAAGCCUACAGUGCAAUUGCCAGUUCUGCAAACAAUAUUUUGUCAAUGCAAAAUAGCAGCAGAAACCCUGAAGAUUAUAUUACUGCUCCUUCUGGAGGGACGCAUUCCCUGGAAAAUAUUCAUUUUCAUGAUAAAAUCUCAGAGCCUGUCCACCCUCUUCCUAGGUCUCAGUCUGACAACUCAGUAAAUGUUGCAAGUAGAAACAACUCCCAGACUGAUGGUGUUCAACCAGUUAAUACAGAAGCAAUGCAGCCUCUAGAAGGAAAAAGUAACGUUUCAGGAGUGCCUGAAAAUAAAUUAGGAGGCUCCUUGAUACACCAGCUUACAGCUGAGAUUGCUUCUGGGUCUGUUGAUAAAGGUAGCAGUGUGGAGCAAACUUCAUAUCCGGAUGCUUGCAUUUCCAGUGAAAGAGUUGCUCACCUCAUCAAAGAGGAUGGAAACUCUCCAACUGGUGACCAGGAAAAAUGGGAUGGUCUUGAAAAUCCAAAACUGCCUCGUAACUUAGAUAUUGGUCACGUCGGCGUGGACAACUGUGGUGAUAUUUCCCCAGAUAGUCUGAAUCUUCCUGCUCGUUCUGGGGAAAGCAGCCAUGGGGCCUCGGGCUCCCCAAGGUGUUCUUCAGUGGUUUCCAAGCACUUCUUCACCAGUGCAGAAGAUGACAACUUCAUCUCUGUCGGAGCGACCGCUGUUCUGGAGACUCCAGAGAAAGGAGAGCUUAAUAUUGAAGAAAGGAUCCCCAUCUACCUUCGCAACCUUGGCAUCGACCAGUCGCCUGGGACCAUACUGACUCCUUUUGUACCCCGAGGACCAAUGAGGGAAGUUGAAUUUUCCCCUUCAGAUCUCAGGACACUGAAGGGCUCCACUGACACACUGACAAGGACCGUUCAGCAGCCACAAGGCGAGUUGCUGGCAGCGGUUGAUGUUACACAGACGAGUUUCAACUCUGGCACUUCCACUGUCAGCAUUUCUCUUCCAAUGAAUUCGGAAACUGGUUCUGAUACUUUCUCACCCAGAGAACUCUCUCCCCGCUUCUCAUUACCUUUUGGAGAAAAACCCAUGAGUCAGUGCACUGUGUCGUGCCACAAAGUAGAGGUAACUGCUCCUCAUUCCAUGCAAGUGGAGACAGAAUGUUUAGCUGUCUCCAAACUAGCUGAGCCAAGCCAGCACCUGCAGACUGUUUCACUUGAUUGCCAUUCUAACAGAGAGAGCCCCGUGCUUGUUGCAAAAAGUGUUCAGGAUCUGCUAGCUAAAAAGGAAUGGAAAGAUGUGAAUGGAAGCUCACAGAGAUGGACUGUCAGUUCUUUGGCUGGAGUUAAAGAUGAAAAGGAGAGAGGAUCACAAACUUCAAGUGCAGGGAGUGAGAAAAAUGAGGGUCAAGAAAGUGAUUCUGUGAUUGGAUCUCGUGCAUUGCAAGAAAUACGUAAACUUCUGGCAGAGGCAGAGAGCAUAGCUGGCAGCUGGCCUGACCCUGUCUUUUCCAAUGCAUCUUCUAGAGAAACUGAGUCUUCUCCAGUGCAGAUUGAAAAGGAGGAUGGCACCAAGGAUUCUGACUUAGUGAAAGACAGCGUCCCUCAGUUUCAGAAGGUCGUGUCAUGGGCUGAGAGUAUGAAGCAAAGCAGUAUCCAAGAGGGAUCGAUACCAAAGCCUCUGGAUUCUUGCAAAGAUGAUUUAAAAUGGGAAUGUUCUUUUGAUGCCAGUUUGUGUAGUUGUGAAGGUGUGGUGGAGAUGACCGAAGAGUUUAGGACAGGAAAAUCUGUAGGAAGGUCUGAGCCAGAAGGCUGUAGCAGUGUAACUACAGACAGAAACCAACCUGCUGUUGUGGCUGUUGCACGAAGCAGUGCAAAUAGUGAGCUCAGCACUGAAAGACCUUCAGAGUUGGAGAAUCCCUCUCCAUCAGAGCCUCGAGGAAGUGUCAUCAAUGUGCCAGGAAGCUUCCAGAACGAGUUAUCUAAAGCUAAUGUUGCUGUAAGCACGGCAGGAGGCAUACAACAAAGCAGUGGCAGUAGCAGUGGAGAUUCUUUAGCUGCCCGUGUGAAAAACCUUCUGGGGAGUCCUUUGAUGCCUGUAGGCAGCACUGCUGAUAUCUCAGGAGGCUUCCAAAGCAUGAUGUCAAAAACAAGUGCAGCUGGAAGCAAAGCAGAAGGCGUGCAAGAGAGUGAUGGCAGUAGCAGUGGGGACUCACUGGUUGCCCGUGUCAAAAACCUGCUGGGGAAUCCUUCAGAGACUUCAUGCAGCACCACCAAUGUCCCAGGAGGCUUCCAGAGCAUGUUGUCAAAAACAAGUGCAGCUGGAAGCAGGGCAGGAGGCGUGCAAGAGAGCGAUGGCAGUAGCAGUGCAGACUCUCUGUCUGCCCGCGUUAAAAGCCUUCUGAGAAAUGGAUCAUCUCUAGUGCCUGCAACACCAAUUCUGAGGAGUGAUGAUGAAGAGGAGAGGAAAGCACGAGCAUGGGUGAAACUAAAGCUGGCCAGCCGAUCUGAGGAAGCUGCGUUGGACUUGAAUGAAGAGGACCGACAAAGGAUAGAGGAAAUAAAGGCAGAACUGCUGCUGAGUGCCAAGAGAUCUGGACAAGCCAAGGGUACACGGAGUUACAUUUCAGAAGCUGCUUCUCUGUAUAGCUGUAAUCAGGAAGCAGACAAAGAGCAUUCCAGAGCUUCAAGUGACAAGAGAUUUCAUUCUGACAGCCACACACAAGCCUUGGGGACUAAGGAGAUUUUAAAGCCAAGCUUACAACACUUUGUGCCAUUGUAUAGAGCUGAACUUUCAGACUGUUGUUUACUGAAGAAUACCCAGCUUAACUCCUUAAGUACUGCAGAACCUCCUACCUGCAGGCAGGUUGCAAGUAGCCAUUCUGGCUGUGUUGGCCUUCAUCUGCCACUGCAGAAGCAGCAGGACACACGUGUGAGGAGCUUUACGGCUGCUUCUGAUGCACAGACAGAAAAAGUCCCUUCACCAGCACAGAAGAAGCUGUCUUUUCCAAAGUGCUCUGAAGAGAUGUCAAAGCAAAUUACAUCCAUCACCUUUUCAUCCCGAAGGCGUUUUCCAUCACCGUUGACUUCCGUGGUACUCGAUGGCUUUUUUAGUGGAGAUGAUCUUGAUGAGAUAAUGCCUUUGGAGACGGAUUCAGCCACUGCUGAGGAACAGAGCCAUGGCAAAAAGCACUGGGAGAGAUCUGAGAUCUGUCCUCCUUCAAGUCCGGCUCUGGCUGGCUCACCAUCUGAUGAAAUUGCAUUUCCUGCUGACAAAGACACGAUUCGUGAUGUCUCUCCUGACGGUAACAGAGAUGGAGCUUAUCAAGAAACAGACUGUUUGUCAGAUCGGGAGUCUGUAGCCGUCUAUGCUGAUGAGAGACAGACUCCCAGUGCAAAAAAUCUUGACGCUCUGUCUCAAGAUGUGACUGAAUUGGGCAGGCAUGGCGCCAGACUUCUGGGGCUUGACUGCGAUAGAAAAUUCAGUCAAGGGAUGAAGGGCCUUCAUGAGCCCCAUUCUAUAAGCUCUUACCAACAGGAGAAAAGCAGCCCUACCAGCCAUGUCCAAUUAUGUGAGAGCUUUGAAGGUUCUGAUCCAGCCACACAGACUGAUUUGCCAAAGGACCGUGGGAAGCUGUUGGAAGAAGAGAAAAGUCCUUCUGAUGCAGUGCCUCUCAUUCAGGAAGAAGUUGGUGGAGAGCAAAUUGGUCAGCCAUUACUGCUGCCAUAUAAACCUUCUGGAAGUACCGAGAUGUAUUAUGUUCCUUAUCAAAAAACAGGAGCCAAAAUUUCUUCACUUGGAUCAGAAAAGAGCGGAUCAAAUGAUGCUCUUCCCUCGGGGCUUCCAGCAGAUGUGCUUGGUGUACAGGAUGAUAAGCCUCCAGACACUACAGCUAUCAAACAUAAAGAGGGAGUCUGCUGUAAGAGAGCCAAGCCCAAGCUUGCCUGGGCUGAAGAGCAAAUGACAGCACAGGAAGGUGCUCCAGAAGGAAGUCAUCAUUUAAAGUCAGUGAACACCGCUCAGUCAGUCUUCAAGUCUGCACAGUUCUACCUCCACCAUCCAGUGCCCCUCUUAUCCCACAGCGAGCUCUCGGAGGACUCUUCUGAUGUGGGACACACUGGAAUUUCCUCCAGCACUGUCCUUCAGAAUUGGAGGAAGGCACAUCGACAGAGACGUGUUUUGUCUGCCCACCGGAAGAAAGAUGGCGACCGUGAAUUCUUCCCACUCGUUGCAGAAGCAGAUCACAGCAAGAACGAGGAUCUAAACAUCGAUACAUCUUUGAGUAAUGAAACCCCAAGAGAGGAGUUGCUUCAGCGGGGUGGGAGAGAAGCAGAACAAAUGGCAGCUCGUAGUCAAACGAGUCACCUUUGUGAGAAUGUAGUUAAAGACCUGCCCGUGAGACAGAGAACCCAUUCUGCUGGUAGCUUAGAUGAGCUCUGGGUUCAGUUUUUGGAGCGCCAGAAGAGGUACCAGCAGCAGGAUUUUCGGCGUAAAGGUGAGCUGAGCCUUGUUGAACGCCUCGAUCGAUUAGCCAGGGUCCUUCAGAACCCCAUCAGGUACACACUGCCACCAGCAAAAUCAGAAAGGAAUGCUUCUGAAAAACCAAGAGAGGUAAAAGAGCAGGAGAAAACAAGAGUGCUGGAGAAGAGCGUGCCUGAAAGUAACUUGGAGCCCCAUGCAGCACGUGUUAAAGGGAGGCCACGUAUCAGCUGUCGUGCAAGAAGCUUUGUUGAGCUUAAAAAAAAUAGGUCAGGAGAGAAAGUUACCUGCCACACUAAUGAAAUUUCAGAACACCAGUAUUUGGACACUUCUAGUGACACUUGCUCAGAGAGAAGGCUUAGUAAAGAACUCUGCACCACAAUCAGUUCCACCAUCUCAGAGUCAGAUGCAGUAACACAAACGGACAUAGAAACUACAACUCAGACUGAGGUGAGCAGUUCUGUUUCCACCAUUGACACUGCCAGACUGGUCAGGGCUUUUGGGCACAGAAGAGUGCAGCUGUCACCAAGACUCUCCCAGCUUUAUCGUACCAUCCACCACCAGAAAAGCCGCUCUGAAAAGUGGGAGGAGGAAGGCAGCAGAGCGAGGGGUGUAGAACAUGCAGAGGUUACUUCUGAGAGACACAGGAAACAGACCCAGGAAUAA